AUGGUUAAGCCGACUGAACCCACAAGGAGACGCCGACGCCCAGCGUUGUCCUGCGUACAGUGUCGGCGACGGAAGGUCAAAUGCGACCGAAACAGCCCCUGUGGGCAAUGCACAGCCCACAAGUCCACUACCCUGUGUACAUAUGCGGUGGACCGCGCCACAGGCUCAGAGAGACAGGUAUCGCAACGGCCCCAAGGACCAGUGCUGCUCGAAGCGGCCGACCAAGGCGCGAGCGCACCGCAGCAGCCUGUCUCCGAUUCGACCGAUUUAUUAAAUGGCGAAAGCACUGGACCAGUGACCUACAGCCAGUCAGAGGGACCUGCGUUAUGUAUCGCACAUGAUUUGGACAGAACCCAUAGUAUCCCGCAAAAUCUUAGCGUCAAUUCUUCCACAUCCCAAGCCCCUUCGGGCUCGAUUCACGGCAUCUUAUCCAAGACACGGGUCUUUGGUCACGGCCAUUGGAUGUGCUCGGUACCUCUGGUGGAAGGCCUACCGGCUUUGAUCCAAGACAUGCCUUCUCGGCAAGCCGGCGAACAGAUCUCAGAGGCGAUUGCUAAAUGCAAACAACUGGCUCGAGAUAUUAAGAAGCAAAUGCCGAGUCGGAGUCCACUUCCUCCCAGUAUCCAUAAACUUCUCCCCAGCCGCCCGGUGCUCGACGAGCUAGUGCAACUGUAUUUCAGCACUUUCGAAUCAUGUUACCGGAUUCUUCACACUCAGUUGUUCAGAGCAGAGUAUGAAACCUAUACAAGAGACCCGGAAAUGGCAACGACGCCUUUCAAGGUGAAACUUCUACUGGUCUUGGCUACUGCAGCGCCGUUGCACGGCGAUGCCAAAGCCUACAAUGAGCUGGCUGCCAAAGCCAGAGCAUGGAUCCAUAUCGCUCAGGGAUGGCUCUCCGCGCCUUUUGAAAAGGAUCGCUUGACGCUAGAUGGUAUUCAGAUCCACUGUUUGCUUCUACUUGCUCGUCAGGUAAACCGAGUUGGAGCAGAUUUGGCCUGGAUUUCAGCCGGUUCAUUAAUACGCAUGGCCAUGCAGAUGGGCUUGCAUCAAGAUCCCAGCUACCUAGGAGAGAUGAGUGUGCUGCAUAGGGAAUUACGAAGACGAUUGUGGUAUACAGUCUUGGAGCUGAAUGUACAGGCUGCGUUGGAUUCGGGGAUGGCUCCCAUGAUUACUGCUGCAGAGUAUACUACCCAGCCACCGUCCAACCUAGACGAUGAUGAAUUGAUCGAGGCGUAUGGAGAAGGCCCUCCGGCCAAAGCAACUUCAAUACCUACCCAGACGUCAGUCCAGCGUCUGCUGGCCGAUUCCCUUGCUUUAAGACUGGAAGCAACGAUAGUCAUCAACAACUUGCAGGACAAACCCUCAUAUGAGCAAGUUCUUCGUCUGGGGAAUGAGCUGGCGUCAGUUUGCCGUAAUGCCACAACCGUCGUUGAUCAUGACAUGUCAAAUGACUAUGAUACAUCGACUAACGCAACAUCGCCACGUCGGUUUAAAUAUAAUUUCUGCGAGCAUUAUCUGUGUCGCUUCCUCCUAAGUCUCCACUACCCUUACGCAGCCAAGAGCAAACGCAAUCCUUUAUACAGCUACUCGCAGAAAGUGUGUCUCGAAGCUGCCCUUGACUUGGUUUCACUCCUCGAAGACAAGAUAUACCGUCGCUUGCUACUCUCCGGGGGUGGCAUGUAUCGAGAUAUUAUUACUCGGGGUGCAGUGGUGAUAUUCCUGGAACUGGUUUCACAACUGGAAGCAAACAACUCUAUCUUUUCAAAGCAACGAAACCGUGCUCGCAGAGAGCCGUUGCUAGAAGAUGCGCGCAAGGUGGUCCAAUACGCACACGAUAGACUAUGGUAUGGCGAAACAAACGUGAGAGGCUACCUUUUUGUCAGUAUGGCGAUGGCCCAAGUGGAGGCGCUACUUGAUGGUCUGCCAACCAAAGAAGCCGUGAUAAACGCGGCCGGCCAGAGCCUGACAGUAUGCCGCGACAUUCUGGAAUCCAUGGCAGCCAGUUCCCUCUCGCCCAAUGCCAGUCAUCCGGAUAUUGCAUCUUGGACGUACGGGGACAUGUUGGCUAUGCCCACUGUGGCCGAUGCCGACUUUGACUUUUUGAAUAACGAGAACCUCAAUUUUGAUCUUUCGGACCCUUACUUUGUUCAGCAAUGGACAGAUCAAUGCUGGCCUCAGAAUUUGUUUAAUUCAGAAGAGGAACCGAGACAAGUGCCAUCACACGACGGAGUGAAUCUGGUUGGGACAUCAGCGAUACCUAUUACGACUCGUGCCCAGAAUGCGACAGAUCAGUUAUGA